CUCCGCCACGUCACAUCCGGCCCUUGCGAUUCGGGCCUGGGAACCCGCGCGAUGAAGUGCGUAUUUGUUACUGUUGGGACCACGAGCUUUGACGACCUCAUUGCGUGUGUCUCGGCGCACGACACUCUGCAAAUAAUCAAGAGCCUUGGCUACGACCGACUCGUUCUCCAGAUAGGUAGAGGGAAGGUGGUACCGGAACCAUUCCGUACUGAGUCCUUUGCUCUGGAUGUUUACAGGUACAAGGAUUCAUUGAAAGAAGAUCUUGAGAAAGCAGAUCUUGUUAUUAGUCACGCAGGUGCAGGAAGCUGUUUGGAGACUCUGGAAAACAGAAAGCCCCUUGUGGUGGUUAUAAACGAAAAGUUGAUGAACAAUCAUCAGCUGGAAUUGGCAAAGCAGCUACACAAAGACGGGCAUCUCUUCUACUGUACUUGCAGGGUCCCGACUUGUACCGGGCGAGCCAGCCCUUUGUCUCCUGCUCCUGAGAAGUGCCAGGAUUCUACAGCGCUGACAACUGCCUUCUCAUCCCUAGACUCUGGGCUGCUUUCCGGAUACCUGCAUAAGCAAGCCCUUGUCACUGCUACCCAUCCUACCUGCACCUUGCUUUUUCCUUCUUGCCGCAUUUGUUCCUUUCUCCCCAUCCUCACCCCCACCCCUGGCAAAAUGCAUAAAGGAUGGAAAAAGUACUGCGGCCAGAAGUCUCUGAAUGAGACAUCAAUGGAUGAAUAUUUAGGCAGCUUAGGGCUGUUUCGAAAGCUGACUGCCAAGGAUGCCUCUUGCCUCUUUCGGGCUAUUUCGGAGCAGUUGUUUUGCAGCCAGGUCCAUCAUUUGGAAAUCAGGAAGGCUUGUGUCUCCUUUAUGAGAGAAAAUCAACAAACUUUUGAGUCUUAUGUGGAGGGAUCUUUUGAGAAAUACCUGGAACGGUUGGGAGAUCCCAAGGAAAGUGCUGGCCAGCUGGAAAUAAGAGCUCUUUCUCUAAUUUAUAAUCGGGAUUUCAUUCUUUAUCGCUGUCCCGGAAAGCCUCCAACUUGUGUCACAGAUAAUGGCUAUGAAGACAAGAUUCUACUCUGCUAUUCAAGUAAUGGCCAUUAUGAUUCAGUGUACUCAAAACAAUUUCAGUCAAGUGCAGCUGUUUGCCAGGCUGUACUGUAUGAAAUUCUCUAUAAAGAUGUGUUUUUUGUGGAUGAAGAAGAGUUGAAGACUGCAGUUGAAUUGUUUCGAAGUGGUUCCAAAAAGAACAGAAACCAUGCUCUGACUGGCAGCGAGGAUGUCCAUGUUGACUACAAGAGUUCAGCUUGUAAUAGGAGUGAAGAGUUGGGUGCCUGCUGCAAUGUUGAAAAUACACCAGAAGGGUGCAAUCAAGGAACAGAAGAAGCAAAGUCUCCAGAGAGUCCAUCAAAGAUGCUCUUCCCGUAUAAGGUGCUUAAAGCCCUGGAUCCAGAAAUCUAUCGUAAUGUAGAAUUUGAUGUUUGGUUGGACAGCAGAAAAGAACUUCAAAAAACUGAUUACAUGGAGUAUGCUGGGAGACAGUACUAUUUGGGAGACAAGUGUCAGGUUCGCUUGGAAUCAGGUGGAAGAUAUUAUAAUGCUCAUAUUCAAGAAGUUGGAAAUGAGAAUAAUUCCGUUACAGUCUUCAUUGAAGAAUUGGCAGAAAAGCAUGUUGUUCCACUGGCUAACUUAAAACCAGUUACCCAAGUCACACCUGUUCCUGCCUGGAGUGGUAUGCCCAGUCGGAAAGGAAGAGGUUACCAGAAAAUUUCCGGAGGCUAUGUCCCAGAAAUGGCUAUGUCAGAGAUGGACAUGAAGCAACGGAAGAAGAUGUUCAAAAAAGUUAGAGGAAAAGAGGUUUAUGUGACUAUGGCUUACGGCAGGGGAGACGCCUUCCUCCCGCCCAGGCUUCAGCACAGCAUGCAUUAUAGGCACGACCCUUCAGUGCACUAUGCACAGACAGCUGCCAAUGUCCUGUCUAAUGAGCAUUUCCAUCCUCAACAUCCACCUCAGAGACAGGGUCGGGGAUAUGGGAUGCCCAGGGAUUCAUCUCGCUUUAUCAACAGGCAUAACAUGGAAGCCCCUAAAGUUGGUUUUUACCCUGGCCCAGGUAAAAGGUGUUGCCAGGGCUAUGAUAACUUCUCCUAUAGAUCUCGUUCCUUUAGACGUAGUCACCGCCAGAUGCAUUGCAUGAACAAGGAGUGCCAGUAUAGCUUUGCCCCAGAGAAUGGACAGAUGCCCAGGGGCGUAGAAGAAACCAUUACCUUUUACGAAGUUGAGGAAGGGGAUGAGACUGCUUAUCCAACUUUACCUAGUCAUGGAGGGCCCUCCACACUGGUUCCUGCUGCUUCGCGAUACUGUGUUGCAAGGCGAGGACAUAGCUCAGGCAAACAGACCUUGAAGUCAGAAGGGGCCAGUGGCCAGAGUCACAAUGGGAGAUAUCAUGAAGAUUAUAUUUAUCCUUCAGAACCAGACUAUGAAACUUCACGUGUUUAUAGCACAACUGAAUCUACAGCAAACUUGUCUCUUCAGGACAGAAGACCAUGUUCUAUGUCUCCUCAGGACACAGUUACCUCAUACAACUAUCCCCAGAAGGUGAUGGCAAAUUCUGCAGCAGGUGCAGCUUCCUGUGCCAAUAAUGUUCCAGCUCCAGUCUUACCUAGCUGUGCAGCAGCUAAUGAAGCUAGUAGUACCGCUUCAGCCUCCUCACAGAAUGCUGUACCGCCUCUACUCGUGUCUCCAUCUAUGCAAAGCAGGCCAGGUAGGUUGUUAGUGGUUGCUGACUUGGGGAAGCCUCUUUUCCUAUUCGUGAACACGCAUAGAAUGACAAUUAUAGUGAUUAGAUAGGGCUACUUUAAUUUC